AUGGCCGAUAAACUCCGCACCCUCCAAAACCUCGAGGCGAUGCAAGCCCGCUACAUCGGCACCGGCCACGCCGACACGACCAAAUACGAGUGGCUAUCCAACAUCGUGCGCGACAGCUACGCCUCGUACAUUGGCCACCCGCCGAUGCUGUCGUAUAUGGCGGUGGGGAUGGGCGAGUCGAAGGAGAAGGUGCGCGCGGGGAUGAUUGAGAAGAUGGUGCGCGGGGCAGGGAAUCCGCCUGAGACGCAGGAAUGAUCUUUUUUCAUGUUAUUCGGUUCGUUCUAAGGUGGGGGGGCUAUUUGAGAGGGGUAUUGGGGAUUGAUUGAUUGAUCGAGUGAUGUUCGAUUGCUGGCUGUGAAGUCAAGACUUCAUGGGACUGGACUUUACGGAAGGAUAGGAUGGGAACUGUGGAUUUUCAGCUGAAUGGUUUACAGCGGAGCAGGCUGGAUGUACCAUCUGGGGAGGCAUUUCAUCACAUUAUUGAGGCAUUUCAUCACGGAAGGCAAGGCAAGGAGUUAUGGUGGCGCUGGGAUUUAAUCGAGUUACAGCUCAUUUUCAGUGCAGCAACUCAUUGAUAGUAUCAUAUCAUAUUAUUCAUAGGUACCUAUUAU